AUGGCGUCUACCUUAGGGAUGUUGUGCCCAGGAUCCCGGCCUGCCCACGGGGCCCUGGGGCGGCAGAUCCAACAGCAGUUUCGCCACUCGUCUCGGAGAAUGGGGGCGGCGCUGUCGUGCGCGGUGUUGUUUACAUUCAUUUACUACACACCUUUUUCCGCGGUGGCGGCCGUAGAGACGGUAUCAGCCAAAUGUGAGUCGGGCGAGUCUGAGACCACGUGUACGUGCUCUGAGGGGGCAAAUGGUGAUGCCGCAGACGUCACCACUCUAUCACAAAAGCAAAAUGUACUCAAACUCGAUUGUCAGGCUAGUCUGAAGUGUGCUCCGGAGAACCUUGGGAACAAGGUCUGCGAAGCAAAAGCCGAGGAAUUCACCAACUGUAAUGUGGAACUCUGCAACCUCUUGGCAGGCAAACCGCCUGUGAGCUGGACACCUGUCCCGGAAAAGAGGAAUAAUCAAGGCGAAUCAAAGAGCCUGACUGUCCCACCACAGAACUUCCCGUUCGUCGAUGAACAAUUUGCUGUGGGCUGCAAGGCCAGCGACAACGGGAAAAAGUGCACAUUUACUGUGACGCUGGCAGCCCGCCCUACAGCAAGAGACGGCCAGACUGUCACAUGUGCCUACGGAGCCAGCAGCAACCAGUCCCACCAAAAAAUAAAGCUGAAUCCGACGCAAAACAGUUUCACCCUGGUUUGUGGAGAGAAGGGGAAGGUGCUGCCGACGAGGUACGAGGAGGGAUUCUGUUCUUCAGGAUUGAAGGGAGAUGAGGAGUCUUGUGAGGGGAGCUACACGUCGGUUCUCCCGGGCUAUGAAGCGAAAUGGUGGAGUAAGCAUGAUGCUGACAAUUCAUACACGUUGUCGAUUCCAAAUGACAAGUUUCCGGCGGAGGAAGCGAAGCUCGUUGUCGGAUGCCGACAGAAGCCAUCAUCCGAUCCCGCUAAGGGGGCUACAGCGGCUGCUGUGAGUUCGACUGUGUGUAACGUGGACGUGACGAUCGAGGCCAGUUCGUCUGCGUCUUUGUCUUCGAGGCGUGAAGAUGUGUUUGGUUUACUCGCGGGUGCUGCAGUGAUGACGGUUUUUGCUCACCGUGUGUGA